AUGUCGACGCCCAACUACAUGUUCGAAUGUACCGCGGCCAACGCUACGCUUACUUCUCCCUGCUGCGUCGCCGCCAAUGGGACCCUCAAUUCGGCGAACCAAUUCAAUACGACGGCCAUCAACGAGUACUCGAGCUGCAGGCAGACGGGAGGCGCGGGAGUCUUGACGAUCUCGAAGAUGAUGCUCUUGGGUCUGGGCUUUUUGGCGAUCUUUGCCAAUGCCAGAUGAAUUUGCUGGUGGGGUCGUCAUAGGGGGGGACUACCUUGUAAGAAUUGUGAGUGAACCCCGAACAUCCCUCUUGAACGGGCUUGCCUGUACGUCAAGUCCUCCGGUCGCAUGCCCGUGUGUACUGUGCUAGUCCAUUUGGGCACAUGACUGAGAGAUGGUUUGUGUUUACGGUGUGCAGAUCGCCAUAUUCAUUCCGGCGCA